CGUUCUCUUCCACUUUGUCUUCGUCUUUAUCUUCUAUUUCUUUUUUUUUCUUUUAUCAAUUUUAUUUCAGUACGUAUAUAUAUGUAUAUAUGUAUAUAUAUAGUGCCGAAGCAAAUUUAAAUGGCCUGCAUCUGACAUCCAGGAGAGCAGCCGCGUGCAGAGAAUUCUAUUUCCGUAAGACAAAGAACCAGGGGUUGAAAAAACUGAUUAUUUAUUACCUUCAAUAUAUCAUUUUAAAUUUAACUAUCGACUUAAAAUUUUUUUCUCAAUGUCAAUUAAUUUAAAACCCGCUGAGUAAACUUUGAUUAUUAUUAUUAAAAUUUAAUAAAUAAUAAAUUUAAAUUUGCUUUUAUUAAAUAUUAAUUUCAUUUACGUGACAAUUAAUCGAUAAGACUUUACUUCAAAGUCAUACCCUGACAAUAACCUGUAUGCAUAUUUAAUCAACCGCGUCAAGAACGAAUUCAUUAGUUAAAUAAAUGAGAAUACCUGCAUUUCAUUUAAUACGGAAAUGAGUUUUUAUUCGUUCGCAUGAAAAAAUAUUUUAGAAUUUUUUUAAAAUAAAAUUUUUUUUGCGAAAUACAAACAGAGUUGGAUUAGUUAAAAUAUGUUAGCCGUGUAUCAAUUUGUUCAGUGUAAAAAAAAAAUUAUAUAUAUAUAUAAAUAGUAAUAAAGCUUAUCCGUGAGUGCGAGACUCUUAAAAAUUCAUUUAUGUCUUUCGCUACUUUGUUAUCUCAACAGCACUCAGAUUCGAAUGCUCGUAGAGUAGUCGUAGAGACCUAAUGCCAGUUUAAAAACCGUCAUCAUAUCAUCAGUAUACCACUCAAAAAAACUCUUAAUCGAUGAUACGCAAUAAGAAGAACCGGAUGUGCACAGUACCCGUGAGAGUAAAGAGAAAGGAUGACACAAACCACUGUGGUAUACCUAUUACUAACAACCUACAGUCCACUACAGGAGGAUUUCGUCCCGAAUUACAGCCAACUAAAGAGAACGAUACUUUUUGCGGUGGUCUUGGGUCUUGCUCCAGCGAUCUUCCAUUCAGCCUCGUGAGACAAUUCACUUUUAUAAAUGUAUCUUCACCUUUGGAUUCAACUAUGUGGUAAGAAAACAAGAAAAGCAAAAAAUAUGUUUUGGAUCAGGAAAAUCGAGAGAUUUAAGUUUAAAAAGUGGAAUUAAUUCAUUUAUGCGCUACCAUACUCCGGAAAAUUUUGAAAAUAUUGGCCCCGGUAGUUACAAUGUCUUAGAAUCAUUCAAAACUACAACUAAUAAACCAUGUCAAAAAUCAUUUAGCAAAAAAGGAUACGGGGGAUUAGCUAAUUCUGGAUACCGCGCAAUUCAUACCGAAGAUUAUCCGGCGCCAAAUGAGUACGACGUGACUCUGCCUCGAAAAAAUAAAUUUAAAUACCCGUUCAACUGCACAUCUAAGAAAAAAGACAUUAAUAGUAUUAAUAAAAAUCCUGGCCCUGGGUCCUAUCAAUUGAACCAACCGAAGCGGCGCAUUUUAUUUGAUCACGACUUUGGACACUGCGUUAAAAUGCGUCUGGGAGUUGAAGUUAAAUGUACGAAGAGAAAUACGGACAUCUGUGAAGUCUGCAAUGAAAAACCUGUGGGUGAUUACUGGCAUUUAAAUAACCGGGUGUUUAUUUGCCGGGCGUGUAUGAUUCAAGAGCGACGACGACCGCGUAAACAUAAAAAAGAUGAACUGAAUAAUUUCAAAAAAAUUCGUGACUGCUCAUGGAUCCAUUCGCAUGAAGGAACGGAUGCCAAUGUCUGGCUGAUGCAUCCGAGUGUCAUACGCAAGUGGACUCAGCGAGAAGCUUACAUGUGUUCUUAUGUCAAAGACUAAUUAAAAUAAUAAUUGUUGAUGUUGUAAUAUUGAAAAAAACGUUUUUAAUA